UGUGUGGACAACAUAUGACUUAAUGUUUAUAUAUUUAUGUUCAUCGAUGGUAUCGUUGAUCUACAGUACAGUAACUAAUGAUUAUAGUGACCAAUGAAGAUGACUCAAGACAUAGACUAUUCAAUUGAAUACAUAAAUGUUUCGUCUAAUCGUUAUUCACAUUGUUUGGAUGCAAACAAAGAGUUGAUUUGUUUUGGGACUAAACAUUCAAUAGCUCUCUAUUGCCUUCAGAGACUUAAAGUAUUUAAAUUAUUAAAUGGACACAAAAAUCGUGUUAAUAGUGUUAAAGUUGUUACAAAUAAUAGCGAUCUGUUAAUUAGCUCUUCAGCCGAUAAGACAUCAAUGAUCUGGCAUUUGAAGACAUAUGAGAUUUUAUAUAAGUUGUUGGGACAUAAAGAGUCUAUUAUUUUAAGUUAUUGUUUACAAUUAGAUGACAAAUCAUUAUUAUCAUUGAGCUCUUCCACUGAUAAAUCUAUUAAGAUUUGGAUAAACGAUAAACAAAUUAACGAACUGACAGUCAAUAACUUUAUAUUUGAUUUGAAAGUUUGUAAAAAUGUAAAUAUUUUUGAUGACAUUAUAUUAAUAACUGUUGGCGCAAAUGAAACAAUCAAUUUAUAUCAAUUCAAUGAAAGUAGUUAUCAGAUUAACUGUUUGAUUGAAAUUAAAGGACACGAAGAUUGGAUACGAUCUAUCGAUAUAUUUGAAACAAUAAAUAAUAGAUUAAUGAUCGCCACUUCAUCACAGGACUGUUUUAUCCGUGUCCAUCAAAUUUAUAAAAUAGAUGAAAAACAAUCCGAUAUCAAUCAUUUGACAUUUUCACUACAAACUAAAGAUUAUCAACAAAAUUAUCAAGUUCAAUUAGAGACGAUAUUGGCUGGACAUGAGGGUUGGGUUAGUCAAGUUUGUUGGCAAUGUGUUUCUCAAGACAAACUGCAACUGCUAUCGUCAUCAAUGGACAAGACUAUGAUUUUAUGGGAAUCGCCAAACAAUGAAUCMUUGGGUGAUCUUUGGACUGAAAAUCUUAGAGUUGGAGAAAUCGGUGGAAAUACUUUAGGAUUUUUAGGCUGUGUUUCGAUACCGGCCCUCAAUUUGAUUGUUGGUCACAGUUUUAAUGGUGCUCUUCAUAUAUGGAAAUGUAGUGAUAAUGAAUGGAAACCAUGUGUUCCCAUUAGUGGUCAUUUUGACGAAGUAACAGAUAUUUGUUGGGAACCUAAAGGCGAAUAUCUAUUAAGUUGUUCGAGUGAUGAAACUACUCGAUUGCAUUCCGUUUGGGUCAAAGACAACAACACAAUUUCUUGGCAUGAGUUGGCCCGACCACAGAUUCAUGGAUAUGCUAUCAAAUGUAUAGCAAUGAUUGAUAGACACAGUUUUGUUUCAGGCGCUGAUGAGAAAGUGCUUCGACUCUUCAAAGCCACCAAAUGUUUUUCCAAUAGUUUAAAACUAAUUUCUAGUGUAGACAAUACCGAUGUAUUAAAUGAAUGUGAUGUUGCCUACAGCGCUACUGUGCCAACACUAGGACUUUCAAAUACAGCCGUUUAUUCAGCUGAAGAAGUAGAACACGACUUUAAGCCAACAACACUAGAAGUUCCGCCAACAGAAGAGACAUUACUUCAGAAUACACUUUGGCCUGAAAUUCAUAAACUUUACGGACAUGUAUUUGAGAUAUUUUCUUUGGCCAUCAAUAGCAACGGCACAGUAAUAGCUUCGGCAUCAAAGGCGACUAAAGCAGAACACGCGGACAUCAUUUUGUGGGAUACAAUAAAUGCCAAACAAAUAUGCAAACUAUCGUCACAUCAAUUAACAGUUACUCGAAUCCGUUUUUCAAGAGAUGAUCGCUAUAUUCUAAGCGUUUCCAGAGACAGGACGUGGACUUUGUUUGAGAAACAAUCAGACGGCGACUGUUAUCGUCGUAUUGGUCACAGUCUUAAACAUAAUGGUAUUCAUUCCAGAAUUAUAUGGGACUGUGCUCUCACUUUUGAUAACAAAUAUUUUAUAACUGUUUCAAGAGAUAAAAGUGCUAUAUUUUGGACAAUUGAUUCCAAACAAAUAAAUAUAAACUCGACAUUAGGUCCUACCAGCUCUUGUGGAUUACCACUAGUCCUCUCUGAUGCCAUAACAUGUGUUGAUAUCUGUGGCAUCACUUUUAACGACAACUAUUUAGUUGCUUUUGGUCUCGAAAAUGGAUUUAUAAGUCUUUACUAUUGGAAUGAUCGCAUACUUUGGGCACAUUUAUUGGAUGUCAAUGAAUGUCAUACUUUAACUGUAAAUCGUAUACAGUUUUCACCAAAAAUUGAAAAAACAAUGAACGGUACAAAUAUUGUACACUUAGCCUCAUGUGGUAAUGAUAAUAGCAUUCAUAUAAUCAAUGUUCAAAUAAAUAAAUUAUAA